AUGCAAGAUGAACAGGUUAAGAAAACUUGGGAGUCCACAAACACUUGUCAAGCCAGGGAGGCCGUGGGGGAAGCAGCUGGCAGAGACAAGGACUUAGAGGCUGUCUUCCAAAAGAAUGGUCUAAGCAGUGUUUGUUUCUUGCUGCCUCAGGUUUCAGAGACAGAAAACAUCCUGGGCAUUGUUCAGGCUGAAACCAUCAAAGUCUCUGUGGAGGUCGACGAUGUUAAUCUGAGCAUCAACACGCCUGAAGGUCCAGAUGGCAGCUUGGAAUUUGGAACCAUUAAUGUCCUGGAUCAUAAGAAGCAAGUCCUGAGUCUGCAGAACAAAGGCUUAUAUGACAUUGAGUACAGUUUCAAGCUGACCACUGGAAGUGCCAAGAGGGGCGACUUGGAAUCUCCCUUCACUGUCCGGCCGCAGAGGGCUGUGCUGAAAGCCUCCCGGCCACCUGUGAAAGUUGAGGUCCUCUUCCACCCCACGACUGAAGUGUUUCUCGAGAGCAAACCCAUCCUGCUCUGCCAGGUCAUUGAUCUCAAAUCGGGUCAAGGAGGCGAGACCGUUGCCACCAUCCCAGUGAGGGUGUCGGCAAGAGCCGUGUACAGCAAGUACAGCAUCGAGCCUGCCUCGCCCAUCGACUUCGGUGCCGUGGUUAAGGGCACCAAGAAGAGCCACGUCUUAAUUGUGAACAAAGGUGCUCUUAACUUCAAAGUCCUCAUCCGCAAAGCUGGUGUGUGA